AUGAGUGAAAUUCAGGAUUACGUUGAAGACUGUUUUGAAAAUUUCAUUGACUCCCCAAAUGAAAAAGUUUCAAUUAGGAAGCUUCCUCGCCUAUUUUCAAGUUUACAGCGUCCAUUCUCUAAGAAAUAUAUUAAAGAUUUACUCAAAGAAGAAGGUCUUGAAAGUGAAGCAGCCAUUGAUAUCAAACAAUUUAUGAAGAUCUUCCGUGUAAGAAAAUGCGAUGAAGCAGAUGUUCAAAUGCUUGUAGAUUCAUUUAUGAUUUUUGAUUCAAACCAGGAUGGAAAGAUUUCAAUAGAUGAAUAUAACAGCAUCGUAUCGAACUAUGGCUUACCAUUUACAUCCGAAGAAUACGAAAAAAUUAUAAAUCUUAUUGAGGUUGAAAAUUUAGAAUUCGAUUACACGAGGCUUUCUGAAUUAAUUAUUUCAAUGAUAGCCAUUUCAGAUGAUGAAGAGGAAGAGGAAGAAGAAAUCGCAGAUAACGUUGUUGAAUUAGAAGUUGAAAAGGCUGUUGAAUCAGGAGAAGAGGAAGACCAAGAAGAUACAUAUUCUUAUGUUAAUGAAGAAGAAAACGAGCCUGAAGAGGAAAAUGAAGAAGAAGAGUUUUUACAUCAGGAAGAAGAGGAGCAAAAUACAGAAAUUAUUGCAAAUGAGAAUGAUGAAGAAGAGGAUGAUCAAUACAAUCAAACACAGAAUACUCAAAAUGAGCAAGAUUUUGUUGGAUCAGAUCAAAUAGAGAAAAAUGAAAUUUCAGAACAAAACGAAGAAGACAAUGAGGAAGAGGAUGUCGUAUCUGAAGCAAAUUCAAAGAAAUUUAUUGGAUCUUCUGAUAUUCAAAAUGAUAGUCAACUUGAUGGUAGUAAAGUAUUAGCAUCAUCAAGUCUGGUAGCUUCUAACCAACUUUUAUCUGACCAAGAUGAAUUAGAUUCAAUGGAUAUUGUUUUGAAGCCUAAAGCAUAA